UUGUUCCGUUACAUGGCAGCACGCUGGCUGAUAUUUUUUAUAAAAUUGCAAUUGGUAUGACGAUGAAAUUAGGAUAUUGUCUAAAAAAUAAUUGAAACUGAAAGUUAUGCGCGGGAAUUAUAGUUUCAGACAGUUAAGCAGCACCUGCUAUCGCUCGCUUCAAAACGAACCCAUCAACAAGAAGCUCCAAAAUGCAACAAAAACCUCAACCCCAUCGAAGAAAACAUUAACCCAAAAACGCAGCGAACCUAAGAACAAGAAGUCAGCCAUUUCAGACUCGGAAAUUGUGAAAUGGAACAUGUCCAUUACCACCCACAUGCGCAAUGGCCAAUGGGAGUCAGCCCUCCAAGUCUUCAAUUCAAUGCCACGACGGAGUUCGGUCUCCUACAACGCCAUGAUAUCUGGGUACCUGUCGAAUGACAAGUUUGGGCUUGCACGAGACAUGUUUGAGAAAAUGCCUGACAGAGACUUGGUUUCUUGGAAUGUGAUGCUUAGUGGGUAUGUGAGGAAUCGGAAUCUUGGUGCUGCUCGUGUUUUGUUUGAUCAGAUGCCCGAAAGGGAUGUUGUGUCGUGGAACGCUAUGUUAUCUGGGUAUGCACAGAAUGGAUAUGUUGAUGAGGCAAGGAAGAUUUUUUAUAGGAUGCCGGAUAAGAAUGAGAUAUCAUGGAAUGGAUUACUUUCAACAUAUGUGCAGAAUGGGAGGAUAGAAGAGGCUUGUAGGUUGUUUGAGUCGAAAGAGGAUUGGGAAGUGGUGUCUUGGAAUUGUUUGAUGGGUGGGUAUGUAAAGAGGAAGAGGUUGGUUGAUGCUAGACGACUUUUUGAUCAGAUGCCUAUGAGAGAUGAGAUUUCUUGGAAUACUAUUGUUACAGGUUAUGCGCAGAAUGGGGAGUUGUCAGAAGCUAGGAGAUUGUUUGAGGAGUCUCCUACUCGGGAUGUGUUUACGUGGACCGCGCUGGUAUCUGGCUAUGUGCAGAAUGGGAUGCUGGAUGAAGCAAGAAGAGUUUUCGAUGAGAUGCCAGUGAAAAAUGAGGUUUCAUGGAAUGCAAUGAUUGCAGGAUAUGUGCAGUGCAAGAGAAUGGACACGGCAAGGGACUUGUUCGAGGCAAUGCCUUGUCGAAACAUCAGCUCUUGGAAUACCAUGAUUACUGGCUAUGCUCAGAGUGGUGAUAUUUCUCAAGCUAGGAAUUUGUUCGAUAGGAUGUCUCAGCGUGACAGCAUUUCUUGGGCGGCAAUUAUUGCUGGUUAUGCUCAAAGUGGUCAUGGUGAAGAGGCUUUGCAUCUAUUUGUGAAGAUGAAAAGGAAUGGUGAAAGAUUAAAUAGGUCUGCAUUUACUUGUUCUUUGAGUGCAUGUGCCGAUAUUGCUGCUCUUGAGUUGGGGAAGCAAUUGCAUGGGCGGCUAGUUAAGGCAGGAUUGGAGACUGGGUGUUAUGUGGGGAAUGCACUUCUUGCAAUGUAUUGUAAAUGUGGAAGCAUAGAUGAAGCAUAUGAUAUUUUUGAAGAGAUUUCAGAAAAGGAUGUUGUCUCAUGGAACACAAUGAUAGCAGGAAACGCAAGACAUGGAUUUGGCAAAGAGGCUAUGACGGUUUUUGAGUCAAUGAAGACAGCGGGUAUCAAACCAGAUGAUGUCACUAUGGUUGGUGUGUUAUCUGCUUGUAGUCACACUGGGUUGCUAGAUAAGGGCACUGAAUAUUUUUAUUCAAUGAAUUGCGAUUAUGGUAUAACAGCAAACUCAAAACACUAUACAUGCAUGAUUGAUCUUCUUGGCCGAGCAGGGCGUCUGGAUGAGGCCCAGAAUUUAAUGAGAAAUAUGCCUUUCGAACCAGAUGCUGCUACAUGGGGUGCUCUACUUGGUGCAAGCAGAAUUCAUGGCAAUACUGAAUUAGGUGAAAAGGCUGCUAAGAUUAUUUUUGAGAUGGAACCUGAUAACUCAGGAAUGUAUGUUCUUCUCUCAAAUUUAUAUGCAGCUUCAGGUAGAUGGGGCGAUGUGAGCAGAAUGAGAUUGAAAAUGAGGGAUAAUGGUGUGAAGAAAGUACCUGGGUAUAGUUGGCUUGAAGUGGAGAAUAUGGUUCAUACAUUUUCAGUUGGGGACUCCUUCCACCCGGAGAAGGGCCGAAUAUAUGCCUUUUUAGAAGAAUUGGAUUUGAAAAUGAAGCUGGAUGGGUAUGUUUCUUCUACAAAAUUGGUUUUACAUGAUGUGGAAGAGGAGGAGAAGGAGCAUAUGCUGAAGUAUCACAGUGAGAAAUUAGCUGUGGCAUUUGGAAUUCUUUCUAUACCAGCUGGGAGACCAAUCCGUGUGAUGAAAAAUUUGCGGGUGUGUGAAGACUGCCACAAUGCUAUCAAACACAUAUCCAAGAUUGAGGGAAGGUUGAUAAUCUUAAGGGAUUCCCACCGUUUUCACCACUUCAGUGGUGGUUCAUGUUCAUGUGGGGACUACUGGUGAGAGCAGAGAUUUAUUAGGUGGAAAUGCUACAUUGCUGUUUCAAGUCUAUUCUCUGGACUUAGUGUUAAAUCCUUUCAGAUAAACAGAUUAUAAUAUCCUAGUUGUUUGAAAAUUUUAUCAACUCUUCUGAGAGAAGAUUGGAAUCAGAUGUUCGUUCUUUGUCCUUUUUUAGUGGAUAACAUUGCAUGUGCAAGAAAAUCUACUUCCUAAAUUUCUCAGGAUAGGUGGAAUAACGUUGGAUAUAUGCAGAAAUUCUGGACUAAUUACUGAUUAUAUGGAAAUAAGAUUUAUCUCUGGUUGGUAAUGGGAGCUGUGGUAUCAUAUUAUUUUUAUUAGAUUUCAAAUUGCAAACAAAAGAGAAGGUUCAAGGUGGAGUCCAUGGUGAAAUAAAUAAAAGCUGGAAACAGUCAGCUGAUCCUCGGAGAAAACAGCUGGACAAGUGUUCUUCAUGGAGGCGAUAUCACUGAGGUAUUUAGAAGCAAUGUCUCUUCUCAGAUUCAACCUCCAGUUUUGCUUUCAGGCAUUGAGGAAGGAAGGCCAAUCCGCCAAAACUUCACGCCAUUCCUAUUGAAAAUGUCCAUUUUGGCAAUGUGAUAAUAACUUCACCUGAUGAGCCUGGAGAAUUUGGAAGAAAAGGGUCUUCAUUGUGCCAUUUGAGAUGCUAAUGUCUACAUGGGCUGUAUAUAAAAGUUUGUCGAUUCUAGCUUACGCAAUCUAUGUCCUUUGUUUAUCUUUGUGCUUUUUUUUCUUUUUUUUGUCUUUUUGGGAUUCAGUACUGUCACUCUGUUCAUUUCAUGUUUUCCUUUUCCUAUUGAGUUCCAGAUAGUUUGGAUUGACCGAUUGGACUUGUCAUCAACUUAGAAACUAUUAUGCCUUUGCAAGGGAAUCAACAAUUCAAUAUGAGUUUUUUUU